AUGCGUUCCAACAAGCUUUUCCUGCUCGCCAGUCUGGUGAGCUACGUCCUCGCUCUUCCCACCGACGUGGAGACCCGCCACCUGAAGCUGGGUGCAGACCUCGAUAUCGGUGAUCUCUCCAUUGGCGCGGGGAUUUCGAUCGAUGGCGGUCUCGAUUUGAGCGCGCUCAUCAACGCCAUCCUUGGUGGCCAUGCAAGCACCACGACCCUCCUUGCUGGUCUGAGUGCUCAGGCAGCCGCUGCCCUGCAGGGAGGCGUACUUGGUUGCAAGGCCGGUGCGAUUCAUGCCGCCGCCAGAGCUGAACUGGCCGCCUGGCUUCGUGCUGAGGCCGCCGCCUUCCUCGAUGCAUCCAUCAAGGCUUCCCUUCUCGAGUGGUGUGAAGGUGACGCCUCCGUCACCCUUUCCGCCGAUGUCUGCGCCGGACUGUCAGUGCUGAUCCCCACUUGCGCUGACAUCGCCGCCAAGGGCGACCUUUUUGUUACCAUUGAGGGUAUCUUCUCCUCCGCCGAGGUCGCCGCAAAUGUUGUCCUGAGCGCUUCCGCCCAGGCUUCUCUGUCCGCAUUCCUCUCGGCGUCUGUUGAGACUGCUCUCGAUGCCAAGGUUAGGGCUGGUCUCAGCCUUUGUGCUGGCGGCGGUGUCUUCGUCGACCUCGCCGCCGAUGUGCAGGCCGCCCUGAAAGCCUGGCUCGCCAGUUCCGAAUGCACCCUGUCCGCUUCUCUGAAGGUUGCCGUGUUGGCUUGGUUGGAGGGUAAGGUUGGUGCCGACGUCAUCGCCAUUGGGUCUCUGCCCAGCAAUGGUCUGGCAACGAUCUCUGCCGGUGCUUCCGUCGUCGCCCUGGUUGAGGAGACUGGCAUCCUCUCCGCCAGCGCUCAGGCUUCUCUCGCCGCCUUCCUCGAAGCCGGCAUUUCCGCCGGUCUCGACGCCCACGUUCAGGCCGCCCUCGAGGCCUGCGCCAAGGGCGGUGCCGCCGUUUCCCUUGAUGUUGAAGUUCGUACCGCUCUCGUCGCCUGGCUCACCAGCUCCAGCUGCUCGCUCGGCGCUGAGCUCAAGGCUAUUGUUCUCUUCUGGCUUUCGUUCGCUCUCGAGGCCGAUGUCUCCGUCAGCGUGUCCACAGGUCUCCUUGGCGAUCUUACCUCCUUCAUUACUGGCACUCUCGAGGCAACUCUCGGCUCUGUUUUCCGUGGCGUUAUUUCGAUCCUGAUCUCCGGCGAGAGCAUGGCCUCCCUGUCUCUUGACGCUCGUGCCCAGCUGGCUGCUAUUCUUGGUGGUGCCGCCGGCAUCGAAAUCGAUUCCAACAUUGAAAUUAUCCUCAUCGGAUGGCUCACCGGCUGUGGCCACCUCCCCAGCGGCUCCAGCUUCACCAAGGAUCGUAUUCCCACCCUUCCUUCAACUCCCACCGGCUCUGCCACCGGUGUUCCUUCUGUCUCUGUGCCCACUCCUUCCGGCAUCCCCAGCGGCUCCGUUCCCUCCGGCUCCGUCCCUAACGUGCCCGUCCCCGUCCCCAGCGGUGCUUCCCCCUCUGAUGCCGCCAACGUUCCUGCCCCCAGCGUCCCCAGCGGCUCCGUUCCUUCUGGUGCCUCCCCUAGCGGAGCAUCAAACGGCAAUGUUCCCCCCAUUGUUUCCGAGGCAGUCCCUGCUCCCUCCGGUGAUUCUCCUGCUGGCCCUGACGCCGCCGAGACGCCUUGCGAGACUUUGGUUUCUGAGACUGUUGUCCCCAUUGCUACCAAGACCGGGGCCGUUACUAACGGUGCUGCGACCAUCACCGCUGCCCCUACCGCGGUGCCUUCUAAGGGUCCCAAGGUGAUCACCGUCACCAAGACCGUCAUUGUUUCCGCCUGCGACUACUAG